UCCCUCCAGGUCACAGAGCUAAUAAUGGUAGAGCUAGACUUCAAACUGAAGCAGUCUGGCUGUCGAGUCCAUGCUUCUCUCCUCUGCAUUAUACCAUGUCUCUAAUGGAUGGUUGCAUGGGUAGAUAGAUAGUAUGAUUUUGGUUCACUGAAUUAAUAUUUUAAAAUAGCAAGUGGUGCUCAAGUACACAAAGAGAAUUCCAGACACCAGUGACCGUGUGUGUAUUGAUCUGAUGAUUGAUGAUCUUCAUGACAUUCACUCAAAGAAUGAUACAGCCUCUGAUCCUGAGCCUUUGCUUUUUACACAAAGAAAAAUAUUAAGGGGACUUCCCUAGUGGCACAGUGGAUAAGACUCGACGCUCCCAAUGCAGGGGGCCUGGGUUCAAUCCCUGGUCAGGGAGCUGGAUCCCACACGCGUGCCACAACUAGGCAUUCACGUGCCGCAACUAAGGAGCCCACCUGCUGCAACGAAGACCCAGCACAGCCUCAGCCCCAGCCGUAGGCACAGCCACCGGCACAACCCCAGCCCCAGCUCCUGCUGCAGCUCCUCCAGACUCCGUCCCUACACUGACAUCCUGGAGGUUGGGAUGCUCUUGUCCAAAUCCAACUGUCUUGCCCGCCUGCGUGCCGCACCCUGCAACGACCUGCACGCCACCAAGCUGGCGCCCGGCAAGGAGAAGGAGCCCCUGGAGUCACAGUGCCAGGUGGGCCCGCUCCUGGGCAGCGGCGGCUUCGGCUCCGUCUACUCCGGCAUCCAUGUCACCGACCACUUGCCAGUGGCCAUCAAGCACGUGGAGAAGGACUGUAUUUCAGGCUGGGGAGAGCUGCCUGACGGCUCCCGAGUGCCCAUGGAAGUGGUUCUGCUGAAGAAGGUGAGCUCGGGCUUCCCUGACGUCAUCAGGCUCCUGGGCUGGUUUGAGAGACCCAGCAGUUUCGCCCUGAUCCUGGACAGGCCCGAGCCAGCGCAAAAACGCUUCGACUUUAUCACGGAAAUGGGGGCCCUGCAGGCGGAGCUGGCCCACAGCUGCUUCUGGCAGAUGCUGCAGGCCGUGCGGCACUGCCGCAGCUGCGGGGCGCUUCACCGCGACGGCAAGGCUGAGAACACCCUUAUCGACCUCAGUCUCGGUGAGCUCAAACUCAUCGACUUCAGGUCGGGGGCGCUGCUCGAGGACACCGUCUGCACGGACUUCGAUGGGACCCGAGCACAUAGUCCUCCAGAGUGGAUCCACUACCAUCGCUACCAUGGCAAGUCAGCAGCCGUCUGGGCUCUGGGGAUCCUGCUGUAGGAUAUGGUCUGUGGAGAUAUUCCCUUUGAGCACGAUGAGGAGACCAUCAGGGGCCAAGUUUUCUUCAGGCAGAGGGUCUCUUCAGAGUGUCAACAUCUCAUUAGAUGGUGCUUGGCCCUGAGACCAUCAGAUCGGCCAUCCUUCAAAGAAAUCCAGAACCAUCCAUGCAUGCAAGAUGUCCUCCUGCCCCAGGAAACUGCUGAGAUCCAUCUCCACAGCCUGUUGCCAAGGCCCAGGAGAAGCUUCUGGGCAGGUUCUCCCUUCUCUGUCAGAUGCUUAAAGGAGGGGAAGUGUGUGUUUCUAGCUUCCCAAGUACCAGUGACACUUCUCUCCAAGUAGGACAGUGCUUGAUACAGGAACAACAUUUACAACUCAUUCCAGACCCCAGGCCCUGGAGGCCGCCUCCCAAAGAGAGGAGGAGACUCCACUCCAGCCGUCCUAGGCCUCAGCUCCUCCCAUAGAAGCUCUGCUUCUCAUCGGUGUCCAGCAUUGCUGGACUUUGCAAAA